UGCAGUAAGCAGCCAAUAUUUUCAGUAAACUUCAGUAAAUAUCUUUUGACCGAAAGCUCUUUCUCGCUGCAUUUUAGACAUGCAUAAAGUUUCCACACUUCUACAAACAAUACAGUCUUGGCGGCAAGAACAAAGGAGUCGUUUCCGGUUACCAGUCUCGGUUGCAAGUCCUGAGAAAGUGAUCCACAGUAAGGACAAUCUUUCGCUGCUAAGGAAAGGUGUCACCGAAGAGCAAGAAAUGCAGGUGGUUGUACCCAUGACGGCUCAGAAUCAAUCUUCUCUCGCAUAUCUCCAGAAAAAGCUCGGAGAGAAAUUCUGCGGAGCAGUUUGCGAUAUUCGAGACAGUCCAAUGCGGAUAAUAAAGGCUGCUGCAAGUGGAAAUCUUGAAGAACUUGACAGACUGAUGACUGGUGAUGAAAAACGUCUGAAUUACCGUGAUAAAAAAGGUCGUACGGCUCUGCAUCAUGCUGCAUCACAAAAUAGAGUCGAGUGUGUUCAAUUUAUCCACGAACAUGGGGGAGAUAUAAAUGCCCAAGAUUAUGACGGUAACACAGCACUCCAUCUGGCGGUUGAAAGUAAUGCAUUAGAAACAAUAAGCUAUCUGCUGUCCAACAAGGCUGACUCAUCAAUCCGUAAUAAUGAAAUGAAUGGUCCAAUUCAUUUAGCUACAGAGUUAAAUAGAGUUGAGGUCCUCGAGGAAAUGGUAAAUCAUAAAAGUCAGGUGGACACAUGCCUACGAGGAAAGCAUGGCCGACGGGCACUACAUGUGGCAGCCAUAUAUGACCAUGCUGACUGUGCGAGGAUACUGCUAAGUCAACUGAAAUGUUGCCCAAGAAUUCCGUGCGAUAAUGGCUACUAUCCAAUCCAUGAAGCAGCCAAAAAUGGAUCUGCUAAUGCAAUGGCAGCAUUGUUGGAGUGGGGUGAAUCAAUUGGUGUUUCACGUCAAGAAAUGCUGAAGCUAUAUGACACUGAUGGUAAUGUUCCUCUCCAUUCAGCAGUCCACUCUGGAGACAUCAAGGCGGUAAACCUCUGUCUUGAAAGUGGCGCCCUUAUCAGCACCCAACAACACGAUCUGUCAACUCCAGUGCACCUAGCUUGUGCCCAGGGUGCCAUAGAAAUUGUAAAGUUGAUGUUUAAUGCUCAGCCAGAGGAAAAAAGCGUCUGUUUGAAUACCAGUGAUGCCCAACAGAUGACGCCACUGCACUGUGCUGCAAUGUUUGACCACGAUGCUUUAGUUGAGUAUCUUGUGAAUGAGGGAGCUAAUAUCAAUGCUGUGGACAAAGAAGGAAGAACAGUGUUGCUAUUAGCAGCCGCCAGGAGCGCUUGGAAAGUUAUGAAAGUUUUGCUUCAAUCAGGAGCAGAAAUGGGAACCCAGGAUAACAUGAAUCGUAAUCUUUUACAUCACAUUGUCCUUGCUGGCGGGUCUCUGGAGGACUUCUGGAAUUAUCUCAACCAGCACCAAGGUUCGAGCAUCGCCAGUUUGAUGAACGAAAGAGACGUUCACGGCUGUACCCCGAUGCACUAUGCUUCGAGGACAGGACAUCUGAAGACAAUCCGAAGUCUUUUGCGGCUAGGAGCAGUCGUCAAUCUGAAGAAUAACGAUAACCAGUCGCCCUUACACUUUGCUGCAAGGUAUGGGCGUUACAAUACAGUGCGCCACCUGUUGGAAAGUAAUCGAGGGACUUUGAUUAUUAAUGAGAUGGACGGAGAAGGAAAGACACCGUUGCACAUUGCGUCUGAAAAUGGUCAUACAAGAGUCGUGUAUUUGUUGCUUGUGAAAGGAGCUUUACUCCACAGAGAUCACAAAGGCAGAACUCCGAUGCAUUAUGCUGCUAUGAAUGGAUAUACCCAGACAAUAGAACAGCUGCUGUCAUUUCACUCUCACCUUCUGGACCAAAUGGACCGAGAUGGGAAUACAGCACUCCAUUUGGCAGCAAUGAAUAAUAAACCUGAGUCAGCGAAACUCUUGCUAACACUUGAUUGUGGUAUUCUAAGAAACAACCAGGAUAUGACUCCUGUUGACUUCGUUCUUUAUUUCAAGCACAGUGAGGUUGCUAUGGUAAUGGUCACACAUGAAACUCGCAACGCAGAAGUUCUGAAGAGUAAACUCAAAAUGUUUGGUUGUGUUGUAGAGGGACUUACUGCUGUAAUGCCGGAUGUAAUGAUGGCUGUACUAGACCGCUGUAUUUCAAAAUAUGCGUUCAUUAUGUUAUUUUAUAAAUAUACUUACGUUCAUAACAGAUAUGGGUUGGCAGCUCGGGAAUUUUGUAUUAAACAAGAUGUUUUACACUCUGGUAGCGGGUUGAUGGCCCUGACAGCAACCCGAAAGGGCGAGUUAUUAACAUACCAUAUGGUCCGUUACAAACGGGAAGAAUUGCUUUCUCAUCGUCUGUGUGUAAAAUAUCUAGAAACAAAGUGGAACUCGUAUGGCAUGUACUUUCACUUGAUGAACCUGUUCGUUUAUACGAUCUUUUUGGCCCUUGUCACAGCCAAUGCCAUCAGUCUUAUGGAUAAUAGACCAAAGUAUCCAAAUCAUAUAAGUAACUUACUUAAUAACUCGGUGGAUAAUGGAUCUUCUGGAAUAGCUUCUGCUGAGGGACAGAGGCUGAGGCCGCACGCCAUGUGUUCAGUCAACGCUUUAGUCGUACUUGUUUUCGUUGCUUUAAACAUAAUAAAGGAAUUCUACCAGAUGUACACACAGCGAGUAAAGUACUUUUUGGAUAUAAUCAACACGGUAGAGUGGGGGCUCUACAUUACAAGUGGGUUACUAGGGGCAACGAAUAUCAUCCCCGGAAUCUUAGACUACAGCACCGAUUACAUUGUAGCAGCCAUUGCUGUAUUCCUUGCUUGGUUCAACUAUCUUCUCUACUUGCAGAGAUUUAAUAGAGUCGGCAUCUACGUAGUGAUGUUUUUGGAAAUCUUAUCCACAUUGUUGAGAGUGAUGCUUGUCUUCUCCGUGCUAAUAAUUGCGUUUGGUCUGAGCUUCUUCAUCCUUCUUGGCAAAAUCGAGGGGCUGGAAGAAAAAGGUUUUUACAAUCCCGGGAUAUCUUUGGUUCGAGUCGGAACCAUGAUGCUCGGAGAAGUGGACUUUCUCGGAACUUUCUUGCGACCUUUGCGCAGUCUAGUUGGCCCAAUGUCAAGACAGUUGUUUGCUGCAAUAGUAUUUCUUAUGGGAUUUGCAAUUCUGAUGCCAAUUCUUUUGAUGAAUCUUCUGAUUGGUCUAGCUGUUGGAGACAUCGAAACGGUGAGAAGAAACGCCCAACUAAAGCGGCUAACAAUGCAGGUGGAGUCGCAUACAGACUUGGAAAGGAAGCUUCCUGAAAAUUUUUUAAAACUAGUUGACAAAAUGGAGGUUUGUGAGUAUCCAAACCGGACAAACGUGUCUUCUUACUUGUGGAGCACUAUUCAUAGCUGGUUUGCAAGUCCUCAAGAAGACUCAGGACAGCGAUCGCCCCACCUGGUGGACGGAAUUACAGAUACGUCGGAUGAUUUGGGCGAACAACUUCACGAACAGAAGAAAAAGCUUAGUGACAUAUCGAAAGCAAUGAGUGAACAACUACAGCUUCUUCGACUCAUUGUCCAGAAGAUGGAGAUUAGGACAGAGAAUGAAGACAUGGACGAAGGAGAAUAUGACUGUAUUAAAGAAUGUACUCCUAGCGAGCUUUACCGGCAUGUGACAUUACCAUAGUUACCAUUUCACACUGUUAGCGUUGUUGUGUGACAUUAUCAUAGUUACCGCUUCUCUCUGAUAGCGUUGUUAUGUGGCAUUAUCAUAGUUACCGCUUCACAUUGGUAGCAUCAUUGUGUGACCUUACCAUAGUUACCGCCUCACACUGUUAGCGUUGUUAUGUGACAUUACCAUAAUUAGAGCUUCAUACUAUUAGCGUUGUUGUGUGACAUUACCAUAGUUACCGCUUCACAUUGGUAGCAUCGUUGUGUGACAUUACCAUAGUUACCGAUUCACACUGUUAGCAUUGUUGUGUGACAUUACCAUAGUUACCGCUUUACAUUGGUAGCAUCGUUGUGUGACAUUACCAUAGUUACGCUUCUCUCCGGUAGCGUUGUUUCUGCCUAUAGACGCUGAAAGUAGCAUGGUACUGUAAUAUCUGAAUGUGUUAUAAUAUAUUAAGUGUAAGAGCCGCUUAUAAAAAGUUCAGCUUCUUCUUACGCUUGGCUUUACAAUAAAUAUUUAUUAGCAAGUCUUUAGCUAUACUCGUCCAUGUAAA